AGAAGCUGCCAACUUCAGUGGCAUGGUGAACAGUGCGAUGAGUGUGAGGUGGCUGGAGCUGAGUGCCGACUCUUAUAUUAAUUCUUCAUUUCACGCUUAUUAUCUCAAGAAAAGGAGAAGACAACGCUGAGGUGCAGCAAUAUUGUAUUCAUUACGAACUGAGGUCGCACGGCGAUCAGGGUGAACUAUUUCAAUUUUUUGAAGGUCCUCGUUAAUAAGCUUUAUUCAGAAAAAUUUCUAUUACAAGUUAUAAAUAGGAAAACUUCGAACAUACUUCGCAAGAUCUUCGCAUAACACAGCAGCGAUGUUCCUGAACGUUGGUUUGAGCGCGGGCGCGAGCGACGCGACGACGCCGCGCACGCCUGAGAUCCUCAACUCCAUCAUCAGCAUCACGAGCCCGCGUCUGCCCCACCCGUACCCCCACUACCCCAGCGGCACUGCAGAGCUAUUAUCCCCGGACUGUUCAACCCCUGGAGACGACAUUGGUGGACUGGGGGGCUGGGGGGCUGCAGAUGAAGGGGGCCACCUUCUGGGUAGCGGGGGCGGGGAGUCACUAGGCUACACAAGUCUACGCAACGCCUCCGCCCCGUUCAGCUCCCAGUUCCCAGCUAGCAGUAGCUUACUUACACCUACAUCUGAUGGGUGUUCUCCCCCACUUCAACAAGGGGGAGCUAUCAUCCCCCAACCAGGGGGUAAUAUCACCCAGUUGGGGGAUCUACCAUCACCCGUAAGCACCGUAGAAGCCACCAGAUCAGCCCUGAUCAAAGAAGGGCUCAAGCUCCAGAUCACCUCUAAGCUUCACCAAACUGGCACCUGCCCUGAGAGUCUCCUCAAGCCUGACCCUGCGGUCGUGAAAACUGAAUUGACCCAAGAAGACGAAGAAAGAAGGAGACGACGAAGAGAACGAAACAAACUCGCGGCCACCAAAUGUCGGAAUAAGAAGAAAGAGAUGACAGAAAUUCUGAUGACGGAAUCCGAGAGCGUGAUGGACCUCAAUGCACGCCUGAAAGGCGAAGUUGAACGCCUUAAGGUCGAGAAGGAGCGUCUCGAGAAAUGUCUCACAGACUCGCGCCAUCGCCAAAACUGCAAGCAUCACCGACAAUACGAUCCUUCCCAAAUUCCUUCCCUGGUCCUUGGUCUUCCACCGAUGCCCCACUCUUCUAGAGCCUCCCCAACGUAUCCUGCACCUUCGUCCAUCACCUCCCCAUCCUACGCGUCCCCGUCUUCUUCUUCGUGUUGUUCGACGUCAUCCCCUAAUUCGUUUUCGUCAUUGCUUUCUCCUUCGACUGACAGUAAGGAUUUCAUCAAUUCGCUUCCCUCUCCUUCUUCGUUGCCCUUGACAGACUGCGGCUUCGGCGCAAUUUACGUAGCAAGCACUGCUCCUUCUUUAGAUUAUAUCGAGCCUACCAUACCUUCAGACGAGGCCUCCACAUCCAAACCGGGCAGUAGCAAACUCAGAGGCUCUAAUCGGUACCAUCCUUAUCUAUACCCGACCUCUCCCUCCUCUAACGAAGCACCCAUGCGACAAGACGCAAUUUUGGGCGAGUACCAGAGUUCCUCACGAGCCGUUGCUAGCUCAGCCAAUUACACGUCAGUUAACCCGUCCGUUGUUAGCGAAAGUGGAGUCCAGAUUUGUGGUAGUGAGGUUUCAGCAGCUCUGAGUUAUCCUAACAAUACAUCUGUGUCCUAUGCCUAUACGGACACGAAAACAAAUCCAUUUUAUUAUCCCGUGGUGACAACGAAUUCAUCAAAUUACCCCCACCAACAGCAGCCGACGGGUGAAAAACAAUAUACCCAGCUAGAGACGGCACGAACGACUGUACCCAGAAACGCCUUUCGUAGAAAUCGUAAUACUACAACAGUUUCAAGUUGCGGUACAGCGCGCUACUCUCCGUACUCAAUCAACUCAGUAAGACAAACCAAUGAGGAUAAUAUGUCGUCAUUUAACGUGCCCAAUACCUUGAGUGAAGUUCAACUGAAUGAUGCAGCUAACUCCGUAGAGAGAAGUGCUGCUUACGUGACAGAGGCAUCUGGCGUGGUUGGUGGUGACGACGCGUGCGUUGCAAUAUCCACAAUGAAUUGCGGUAUCCAAAUGACUGAUUCUAUCGUCAGCGGUAGCUGUCAAGUCGAAUCUUUUGAUAAUUCACAUCAAACUUGUUCUUCCAAUGCCAUGCAAAACCUAUUUUUCCCUCCAACAUCUUACGGAACGUGUGACUCAAUGUGAUUUGCCAUACUUUUUGGCACUCAAAGUUGCAAGUUCUUUCAUCUAUUUCAACGUAUGAUAAUAAGAUUGAACGCACGUGAAAGCAAUAAUGAGAUUUUGAAGACCGUUAUUACCACUGAUCUGGACUUUGUUUAUUGCCAUUAAUUUAACCUAUAGUAUACUAAACACUUUUCUUUCAUGAACCUCUUAAAUGUUGAUGAGGGAUAAAAGUGAAAAUACUUAUCAAACAACAGCGCUAAAGGACGUAUCAAUGGACGGACAGAAAUCUGAGCAAGUGCUUGGUAUUCUUUCUUACGCAAGUAAGCAAAGAAAUGUUUCUUUUUGAGCUAGCAACUGACGUCGUGUUUACAAUUUAUUCAAUUUUGGUGAGUUACCGUUCAUCGGCCCUAGCACAGAGAACGACUGAACAUCGUUACUUCUGGUGAAUACCGCAGCUUUUGUAACAUUUUCAAUUUUGUUCCUAAUUAAGGUUGGGCGAUGAGCCCUUGCGCUGUGUUUGUGUGUAAUUAAUUUGCAUGUUUCUCUAUAGAAUAUGCCUCGGUCAGUAAUAUGUUCUGUUCCGUGCUUUGAGAUAAAACUAUCGUUGUGUUGACAAGGUCGUCCGCACCAUCCUUGUUGAAUCUCGGUUGUGAUGGAGCAUGACGUCUACUCAUCAGACAAGAUGUUCAUAUAUUGUAUAUGUAGUUCUAGUUAGAGAGGUGUUGUAUUUUCAUAAGUUUACACGUUUUAUAUUAAUGAAAACAUUUAUGUAGUUUUAUAUUUAUGGUACAAAUGUAAGUUGACAUUCCUCUCACUGCAUGAGCCGGUGUGGAAGAUUGGAAUUUGUUUUAAAAUCGGGAUUCAAGUUUUGAGUCUGAUUGUUUGCUCAUUAAUCGGCUUUCUAUGAUUAAAUAAUGAUUUGAGUGAGAAUGUCUUAAUUCUCAUCAUAAAAGUGUCGUGAAGUUUGUAAGGUAAUUGUUGCUAGAAGUAAUCUUGCUUGUUAAAAUAGUUUACUGGAUUUUUGCGAUAUUACUGCGUUACCUGCCAUAGAUCUAAUGGCCCGCUUGCAGGUACAGUAAUUUUUGCUUUCAGUAGGCGGAGAAAGAUUUUUAGGACGUAAGUCUUACCCUUCUUCUUAUGGAAGGGUUGCAAGAGUUGCUCGUCUUUGUUGUUUUAUUAUUCCAAUAAUAAAUGGAAAUUUAUCAUCAAUAUGGAAACAUUAGGUUAGACAUCAGUGUCAUUAAGAAUACUGAAGUGCUAAAACUUGGUGAUCAAUUUUCGUUUAAUAUUGGAAUUGUAUUUUUGUGCCUUCCUCUAGUCUUUGGACGACUAAUCAGCCUCAGUGAGACUACCGAGGAAAGGCCAUUUUGAUUUAACGAUUUCGUUGAUAGCUUCUUCUUAUGUAACUGUGUGAAGUCUAACACAUUUACUUUCAGGGGAUAUGUUGUCUUCUCAUUUUUAUCUAACGCGGUGUGCUCAUUAAACCUGUGCCAUUUUGUGCCCGAUGUUGUGUGGUAAACAGUGUUAUGCAGUUGCAUUUAAUCACAAAUGAGAUUUUUUCCUUGAAAAUGGUCUAAUGCAGGGAUCGAAUCUUAUGAUAAAAUUUCAUAAAUCUAACACAUUACUAAUCAGCUGCAAAUGUCAGCAAAAACUCAUUUCCUCCUUCCAAUCAUAUUUUCUCAAUUAAUUUUCAGUUGUUUCACCGCCACAUUUCCUCCAUCAUUGUCAUUUUCCUUUGCUUCCUCAUUGACCGCCUUUCAGAUUUCCUUAUUUACUUACGUUCCUCCGACCGACCCCUUCCUUUCUUCAACCUACUAGAUCAACUUCAUCCUCCACCUUACUAUUCCUAUAACGAAUUGUUGCUGCGGUGGCGCACACGUCGACAACAUCGUUUCUCGAGAUCUGCUCAUUUCACGCUCAAGAAUUCCUCUAUUCUUAAAUCGAAAUGUGUUUCUUCUUGAACGAACAAGUUUUCUUUUUA